CUUUUACAGGUUUUAAAGUCGGCUUCACAACGACGACAAACACACACCCACCAACGGAUCUGUCAACAGCUGACACAGAUCUGAACACACAUGCAAACUCUGCAACCCCCUCCCCCCCAGCCUCCACCCAGAGCCCUUAAAUAGAGCCGCCCGGGGCCUGUUCUGCCUCGGUGUUCAUCCCUGCCACCGGCAAGUCGUCUUCACAAGUUCUCCUCAACUCCCAAAGCCAAGCCUCCUCAGCAGACAUGGAGCGUACCUUCAUCGCUGUGAAGCCCGAUGGCGUCCAGAGAGGACUCUGUGGCGAGAUUAUCAAGCGCUUUGAGCAUAGAGGCUUCAAGAUGAUUGCUGCUAAAUUCCUGCAGUCCUCUGAGGACCACAUGAAGAAGCACUACGAUGACCUGAAGGACAUGCCUUUCUACGCUGGACUCUGCAAAUACAUGUCCUCUGGACCAAUCCUCGCCAUGGUUUGGGAGGGUCAGAACAUCGUGAAGAUGGCCAGGAUGAUGUUGGGUGAGACCAACCCUGCUGACUCCAAGCCCGGCAGCAUCCGUGGAGACCUGUGCAUCAACAUCGGCAGGAACAUCAUCCACGGCAGCGACACCCUGGAGAACGCCAAGAGGGAGGUCGACCUGUGGUUCAAGGCCGAGGAGUUCGUGAACUACACCCCCUGCGCCCAGCCUUUCCUGUAUGAGUAAACUGGCUGGAGCUCCGCCCACCUCGCCAACCUCCACCUCACCUGCAGUCGACCUUCUGACCUGGUUUUCAUCAAUCAAUACAGAACAUGUAGCACUUAUCAAUAAAGUCUCAUGUUAACAACA